UUGUUAAACAAAAAAAGUUCUUUUUUAAAUAGCGACCAAUCUGAACUCGUUUAAAACCAUUAAAAUAAAUUUGCAAAUACAACACAUUCAUAGUAUAUUUGCAAUUUAUUUGGGGGUUUUUAAAUUUAUUAAAUUGUGAAAUAAAGAGAAUUAUAAGUCAUGAGAAGUAGAACAUAUAACUGGUAAAAAAAUUAGUUUAAAAAAAUGACAAAAAUUAUUUUCAUCAUUCCAGAUGAUGUAAUGUUUGAUACCAUGACCUCUGAUAAACGAAUCAUGGAGUCUCUAGUUUCAAUGAAGCUAAUUCAUUAAUGUCACUUGAACUGACCUAAUCUGACCUGGAUUUUGUUGCAUCCGUCACAUGAUGAUGAGUAACUAAGGGUGUAUCCCUAUGUAAUAAAUUACAUUAGCAUAGCCAUGGAUGUUUGUGGGUGUGUGUUUGGAAUUGGAAGUUUUUUCUAAAUCAAUGUUUUAAACAAGACAAUACAAUUGGGUGGGGUUUUCUUUCUUGGGGUCAGUUUUGAAGCAGUUCAAUAUUUGAUGGUUCCUCGAGGCCUUGUUGGUGACCACAGUUUGCAGUAAUUGGUGAUGGAUGAUACAUUCUAGUGCCAUGGCUCCAAUUGAUCCACAUCAGUUAUUAGAAGCAUUGAAACCAUUGCUGUCAUUGUCUGGCGGUAUUAAAGGUGCAACUGAAGCUGCUCGCAUAUCAAGUCUUAUGAAGGAUGCUAACAAACUGGUUGCAAGAUGUAUUUACUGUAACAUCCUCAAGUGUACACAAGACCAAGAUGCUAUCAAAAAGUUUGUAGAGUCUGGAGGCUGGGAUGUAUUGAAUACUUGGCUGCAGGAUUCAAAAGAGCUGGAGAAUCACCCAGUUAUGCUUGAGAUUCUCAAAGUUUACCAAGCGUUCCCAGUUACUGUGAGGAUGCUGAAACAGAACAAUGCAGCUAAAACGAUAAAACAGCUGGGCAAAAUAGGUGAUGAGAAGGUGAAAAUGUUGUCGAGUACAAUUGUAGAGUCAUGGAAGAAGAAAGUCCGGGAGAAAACUGGUUCAGAGAAUGAUGCUGAUAAGUCAAAGAAGAAAAAGGAAAAUAAAAACAAUAAACAUAAAGACAAAGAUAACAAAGACAAGAAGGAGAAACCCCAUCAUCAUGCACACCACCAUGGUGAUAGUGUUAAAGAGUCGGACAGUCGGCUUACGGACAGUACAUCAGCAGACUCGACUGCUAAAAGUGAUAAAGCUGUGAUAAAUGAUAGAACUAACCACUCAAAAAAUACUGACUCUAGUGAUUCUUCUUCCAAGAAAAGAACUUCAACUGUAAAAUCAUUUUCUGGAAAAUUCCGUUCUACAGGUUUAGAAGAUCAGACAUUACCAGCUGUAAAGAAAAAAUCGCAAGAUAAUAUUCCUAAGGCACUACCGCCUAAGCGAAUGCUUCCUGAUCUGAGACUUGAUGAACAUGUUGAAAAGAAACCUCGUCUUACACUCACAAUGCCACCGCCCACGUUGCCUGGUGCUCCAAGCAGUAUUUCACCACCAGAAGUUACUCACGGCAAAAUCAAGCUGAUUCCUCCAAAAAGACAACCAGCUCAUGAAAUCCAAGAAAGUAGUGGUUUUAUGGACAGUCUGACAAAGCCCGUUUCAUUCGGUAGUAUGAAGAGAAAGAAAAAGGCAUCGCCCGGAAAACCAGGAACACCACCUACUCCAUCAACUCCAUUAUCACCAACGACAGCAAUGGCACACAAACUUCCAUCAGUUCCAUCUUUUUAUCAAGAUACUCUAGAAACAUCUGAAGAAAAACCCGAGGAGAAGGCCGAGGUGGAAAGCACGUCUCCCACAGAAGACAUGGAUACAUCUGAGAAUGGCAGCACCACAUCAACAGUGACAAAAGGUAGUGAUGAACAGGAACAAGAAAUGGAUAAAGAAAAUAAAGACACCACUGAAGACAAAGAUAACACAGAGCCGGCGGUCAAAACUGAAGAAGAGAACAAUUCUGAAAGCGUGUCCUCAUCAGAGCCAAAAGGGGUCCUAACCACAGGAGCAACAAAGCGGAAAAAGCCAAAAAAGACUGUGUCUUGGGCAGCUGAUGCCCAAUUGAAGCAAACCUUUUACUUUGAGCUGGAUGAAACUGAGAGAGAAAAUGUUAACAGGCCCAAAAACUUCAAUGAAAUGAAAAAGCAAGAAGCCCACUUGGAUAAAAAGGCAAUGGAGACUGCGAAACGGUUGAUCAAUGACAACAUGGUGGAAAUGAUGCAGUGGCGGCGUCCUCCUCCGCUGGAUGUGGUUGGUGGUCUGGUAGAUAGAGGUGCUAACAGCAUUGAAAAAGAUAUCCAGAAAGCCAGGGAACAGAAAGUCCUUCAGGCAAUAUUUUUCACCAAAACCAUGCUUCCAGACGCUCCUGCUGAACCAGAGCCAGAACCGAUUGAACCAUCCCAGCCAAAAAUCAUCCCACUUGAAGAUGAAAGUAAUUCAGGUGAGGAGUUUGUUCACACCUAUGACAACGUGAAAUCUGCACCAGUGAUGUUGCAUCCUUUACCGCCACCAGUCAAUCUACAGAAUGUGCCAAUUGAUCCGAUGUCUCUACCAUAUGACCCCGAGUUUAAUCCUCAUGCUCCGAUUGCCAACGCAAAUGGCAGUUUCGAACUUCCUCCAGAGGUUGCCGGUGUCUUGGCAUCGUUCCAGAUUGCACAAGCCCCAGGAGAAUCUCCCCAGAGUCUGGCCAACAACACACUAGCCAACGUUCAGCACAUCUUACACACCUUAAUGGCUGGACAAGAUAGUAAAGCUACAGAGCUGAUGGAUAAAUUGAGGCACGCACUGGAACCGUUCAAAAAUCAGCUGCCAGAAUACCUCCAUGGAUACUUCCAGCCUGGAGGACCCCAGCAUGCAGGCAUGGUGCCGCUAGGAGGUAUGCCGUCACGACCUGGUCUCCUCGGCAAUGCUCCACCCGGUUUCCAUCCCAUGAUGCCGGGACCCCCACAAGGACUACAAGGUCCCCCUGGACCUCGUCCAUGUUUCCCACUUCAAGGUCCUAAUCAGUUUGGACCAGGAGAUGACCAGUGGGGUGAGAACAUUAUGGGUGGACCACAAGGGCCAAUGAGAAUGCCUGGACCAGGCUUCCCAAUGAGAGGCCCUUCCGGACCUCCAAUGGGUGGACCGCGCGGUCCCCCACCCCGCAUGAUGAGAGGAAGAGGUGACAGUCGAGGUGGACGAGGAAGAGGUAUACCUCCUGUUUGUCGUCACUUCAUGGCCAAGAAGAAAUGUCGGUUUGGAAACUCUUGUGGUUAUUUACAUCCUCAGCCUGAUGGACCGCCACCAUGAAAAAUCUCAAUUUUUAACACCUAAUUGUAGGGCUUGGCAGUGCAAAUCUGUUGCUUGUACAUCUCGAGGUGGGUGAAGAUGUGUUGACUGGUACAUCAUGCUCCGAGGGUGUCCUGAAUGAUGUCAAAAUAAGUGCUAGCUACUAAAAUGAAAGGUUCAGCAAUGUACAACUUCGUACAAAGACGGAACGAUGGGCAACUAGAUGGCAUCAAAAGUAAAAUCUGUUCUUCCUGUAUAUGAAUAAAUCAGAUAGAUGUUUCUAUGAAACAUUGUGUCUGGUUAAAUAAACGUUUGAAAUACACUUUCCCUGUGGAGUGUGCUGUUCUUGUGAUAUCCUGUUCAUGGCCUUUGAGAUACGAGAGUUGGAAUACUGGCCAUGCAGAAAAAGAGGGAAGACAAAUAUUGUAAGAUGCCAUUGUGGAACCAUUUGGUGUCUGACCUGAUCAUAUUUAAGUGACGAACAUGUCCAGUGGUUUACAUCGCAUUGCAUAAUUAUGGAAACCUACCCAAAACCCAGAUAAUUUGGAAAACUGUGAACUUGUACUCUACAGAUAUACCAGUUUAUUUAUACAUUUUUAUCAAUGGAUGUAUCGCCAAAUGUUCAACUAAUACAGGAACUGUGAUGCUAAACAGGCCAGUAUGCAUAAAGAUUGUGUUGUUGACAUUAUACCUUCACAAAGAUACAAUUACCACUCAGCAAUUCAGGAUAGCGAAUGAAGCUAGUUUUAGUCAAAAUGAGUGUUGUGAAUCGUACAGAAAUGUGAACGUUACAAGAAACAUCUUACGAAAAAAAAAUGCUUCCGAUCAGUUAUGAAUAUUCAGUAUUUGUUGUGGUCUUGUCAGUAUGUGAAUAUAUAACAGUCACUGACCUGUUUUCAUACAGUCUUAGUGUACUAGUGACAAAUCUAUUCAUAACCACAGCAUAUGCAGGAAGAUUAUAUCAUUAUACAGUGUGUUCGUAAACAUAAAGAGAGUUUCCUGUCGACAUAUUUGAAGUCAUUUCCAUGUCUGAUUUUGAUUGUUGAUUUGUUUGUUAUUUGUAGUUGUUUGAUGGUAUAAGCUGUUUGGUGUGCAUGAGAAUUUGUAUAAGUCGGUGUAAGUAGUGAAAAUGCUGUCUAUACAUCAUUUGUUUACAUAAAAAUCAUUUUGAUACACUACUCAAAUGAAUUGAGCUCAAUAAAAAUAUCUAUUUUUUAA